GUAUUCCUUGAAGCUGUUAAUCGAGUCUCUCCUUGAAUCAAAUUCUAGCUUUUCAGGUUCGCUAGUCGUCUUCGAGGUCUUCUCGACCUUGAUAGAAGAAUCAUCCGUUACUUUAUCUCCUCUAAAGUUUUCGGAGGCCUUACCCGAAACAGGAGAUGAACUAAUCGGGUAGCCAUUUGUCAGUGGAUCUUGUGAUUUUUGUGUAGGAGUUUCAAUUUCCAAACCUGGUCUCUGUUUAGAAUCAAAUUCAUCUUUUAUCUUUUCGAGAGCAGCAAAUAGCUUUUCAAACUUUUCGUGGUCCUUCCUCCAAAUCAUCCAAUUUGCUGCUUCAGGCCCCACCCCUUCUUCCCAUAAUUGGCCUUUCCUCCGAUCUAACUGCGGUUCCAUUGGGUAGUGAGUUAUCCUCAUCGAAGAUGAUGAAUUUGACUUGGUCGACCCAGAGCGGGCUCUGCUUCUUUCCCAGAAGCGAUUUGGGACAUCCCCUAAGGAAAGAGUUUCAUGCAUUAUGUGUCGACUCAUGGCUUACAUCGUGGAGAACUUUCUGCUCAGUUUGCAAGCGUGAUGCAAGAACUUGCACAGGUGAACCCCCAGCAUCUGAGAGUACACCAUUGCUUUCAUCGAGCCCUGUGUCUGUGGCUUCCUCCUCUGCUUUGUCUUCUGCUAGAUCAUCGGUGGCAUCAUCAUCAGCCAUCCAAAUAGCCAGAGCGUCACAUCCUCCAUCCGCAUCUCGUACUCCAUCUUUCUCGAGCACUUAUAUGCAGCAGUCUUUUAGGUCCUAUAGACAAUCUCCUCCUCUGAGCAUUAGCCGUAGAUCAGCUGACCUCCGGAAUGCAUUGUCUGACCGGUCUCAAGGAUUGUACUCGGUUUCUCCCCACUCGAUGGGUUAUCCCUCUAUAUCACCUGUCAAUUCAAGAUACAUCUCACGUUACAUUCCAAGCCCGAGCAACGCCUCCGUGAGUUUUAUCAGUUCUAGUCACCAGCAUCACCCGUUACACCACAGUGAAUCAGCUGCAAGUCUCUCACCUUUUGUGUCCGCUCAGUACCUUCAAGGGUGUUGA